CCUCUAGUCGGAACCUGGUGACCUUGCGUGUGGACAGCAAUGGCUUCUUCUUGUACUGGACAGGACCCAACAUGGAGGUGGACACGCUGGACAUCAGUUCCAUCAGGGACACACGGACUGGCCGUUAUGCCCGCCUGCCCAAGGAUCCCAAGAUCCGGGAGGUGCUGGGCUUUGGGGGCCCCGAGGCCCGGCUGGAGGAGAAACUGAUGACGGUGGUGGCCGGGCCAGACCCAGUUAACAUAACAUUCUUGAACUUCAUGGCCGUGCAAGAUGACACUGCGAAGGUCUGGUCUGAAGAGCUGUUCAAACUGGCGAUGAACAUCCUGGCUCAGAACGCCUCCCGGAACACCUUUCUGCGCAAAGCAUACACGAAGCUGAAGCUGCAGGUGAACCAGGACGGACGCAUCCCUGUCAAGAACAUCCUGAAGAUGUUUUCGGCAGACAAGAAGCGAGUAGAGACGGCACUGGAAUCCUGUGGCCUCAAUUUCAACCGAAGCGAGGCCAUUCGGCCUGAUGGAUUUACCUUGGAGAUCUUUGAACGGUUCUUGAACAAGUUGUGUCUGCGGCCAGACAUUGACAAGAUCCUGCUAGAGAUCGGUGCCAAGGGCAAGCCGUACCUGACGCUGGAGCAGCUCAUGGACUUCAUCAACCAGAAGCAGAGGGACCCGCGGCUCAACGAAGUGCUGUACCCACCACUGCGGCCCUCCCAGGCCCGGCUGCUCAUCGAGAAGUACGAGCCCAACAAGCAGUUCCUGGAGCGAGAUCAGAUGUCCAUGGAGGGCUUCAGCCGCUACCUGGGGGGCGAGGAGAACGGCAUCCUGCCCCUGGAGGCCCUGGACCUGAGUGCAGACAUGAGCCAGCCGCUGAGCGCCUACUUCAUCAACUCCUCCCACAACACCUAUCUCACGGCUGGGCAGCUGACGGGGACCUCGUCGGUGGAGAUCUACCGGCAGGUGCUGCUGUGGGGCUGCCGCUGCGUGGAGCUGGACGUGUGGAAAGGGCGGCCGCCCGAGGAGGAGCCCUUCAUCACCCACGGCUUCACCAUGACCACCGAGGUGCCGCUGCGCGACGUGCUGGAGGCCAUCGCCGAGUCCGCCUUCAAAACAUCGCCCUACCCCGUCAUCCUCUCCUUUGAGAACCACGUGGACUCGGCCAAGCAGCAGGCCAAGAUGGCCGAGUACUGCCGCACCAUCUUUGGGGACGCGCUGCUCAUCGACCCCCUGGACAAAUACCCACUGGCCCCGGGCGUCCCCCUGCCCAGCCCCCAGGACCUGAUGGGCCGAAUCUUGGUGAAGAACAAGAAGCGGCACCCGCCCAGCUCCAGCGUCCCUGACAGCUCCCUGCGCAAGAGGCCGCUGGAGCAGAGCAACUCCGCCCUGAGCGAGAGCUCCAUGGCCACCGAGCCCUCCUCGCCCCCGCUGGGCUCCCCCAGCUCUGACAGCUGCGCAGGCCUGAGCAACGGGGAGGAGGGGGGCCUCGAGAAGCCCGGCCUGGAGCUUCGGAAGUCCCUGGGUGAAGAGGGGCUGCCGCAGGGCCCCGAUCUUCUCGGGCCUACUGACCGUGAGGAUGAGGAGGAAGAGGAGGAAGAGGAGGAACAGGCAGACCCUAAAAAGCCAACCACGGACGAGGGCACUGCCAGCAGCGAGGUUAAUGCCACGGAGGAAAUGUCGACACUUGUCAACUACAUCGAGCCGGUCAAGUUCAAGUCCUUUGAGGCUGCUCGAAAGAGGAACAAGUGCUUCGAGAUGUCCUCCUUCGUGGAGACCAAGGCCAUGGAGCAGCUGACCAAGAGCCCCAUGGAGUUUGUGGAAUACAACAAGCAGCAGCUCAGCCGCAUCUACCCCAAGGGCACCCGCGUGGACUCCUCCAACUACAUGCCCCAGCUCUUCUGGAACGUGGGCUGCCAGCUGGUCGCGCUCAACUUCCAGACCCUGGAUGUCCCCAUGCAGCUCAACGCGGGCGUGUUCGAGUACAAUGGACGCAGCGGCUACCUGCUCAAGCCCGAGUUCAUGCGGCGGCCUGACAAGUCCUUCGACCCCUUCACCGAGGUCAUCGUGGACGGCAUCGUGGCCAACGCCUUGCGGGUCAAGGUGAUCUCGGGGCAGUUCCUGUCCGACAGGAAGGUGGGCAUCUACGUGGAGGUGGACAUGUUCGGCCUCCCGGUCGACACCCGGCGCAGGUACCGCACCCGCACCUCCCAGGGCAACUCCUUCAACCCCGUGUGGGAUGAGGAACCCUUCGACUUCCCCAAGGUGGUGCUGCCCACGCUGGCGUCCCUGCGCAUCGCGGCCUUUGAGGAAGGGGGCAAGUUCGUGGGGCACCGGAUACUGCCCGUGUCUGCCAUCCGCUCAGGGUACCACUACAUCUGCCUGCGGAACGAGGCCAACCAGCCGCUGUGCCUGCCGGCCCUGCUCAUCUACACCGAGGCUUCCGACUACAUCCCCGAUGACCACCAGGACUACGCUGAGGCCCUGAUCAACCCCAUCAAGCACGUCAGCCUGAUGGACCAGAGGGCCAAUCAGCUGGCCGCUCUCAUUGGGGAGAAUGAGGCUCAGGCUGGCCCCGAGACCUGCCAGGAGACCCAGUCUCCACAGCUGGGGUCCCAGCUGUGCCCCAACCCUGCGCCCAGCCCGCCGGACGCCUCUCCCCGCCGGCCCCCCGGCGCUGUCACCUCCCCCACCAGCCCCUCCCUCAGCAGCCCAGGGCAGCGGGACGACCUCAUUGCCAGCAUCCUCUCAGAGGUGGCCCCCGCCCCACUCGAGGAGCAUCGGGGCCACAAGACUCUGCUGAAGCUCCGAAGCCGGCAGGAGCGAGACCUACGGGAGCUGCUGAAAAAGCACCAGCGCAAGGCCGCCGCCCUGACCCGGCGGCUGCUCGACAGCCUGGCCCAGGCCCAGGCCCAGCCCCGCGGCGUCCUAGGUAGAGAGAGCGCGGAUGAGGAUGCGGGGAAGCGGCUCCUGGAGUUCCAGAGGAAACAGGUGCAGACUCUGCUGGAGCUGAGGGAGGCGCAGGCGGUCACGGAGACCCAGCGGAGGAAAGAGCACGUGAAACAGGCUCAGCAGCGGCUCAAGGAGAUUGUGCAGGACGCACAUGCAACUCAGCUCAAGAGGCUGAAGGAGACCAACGAGAGGGAGAAGAAGGAGCUGCAGAAAAUCCUGGACAGGAAGCGCCACAACAGUAUCUCCGAGGCUAAGACAAGGGAGAAACAUAAGAAGGAGGUGGAACUGACGGAGAUUAAUCGCCGGCACAUCACUGAGUCAGUCAACUCCAUCCGUCGGCUGGAGGAGGCCCAGAAGCAGCGCCAGGAGCGUCUCCUGGCUGGGCAGCAGCAGAUCCUUCAGCAGCUGGCGGAGGAGGAGCCCAAGCUGCUGACCCAGCUGGUCCAGGAGUGUGAGGAGCAGCGGGCGAGGCUGCCCCAGGAGAUCCGCCGGAGCCUGCUGGGCGAGACGCCGGAGGGCCUGGGGGACGGGCACCUGGUAGCCUGUGCCAGCAACGGUCACGCACCUGGGAGCAGCGGGCAUCUGUCCGGCCCUGACUCGGAGAGCCAGGAGGAGAAUACGAAGCUCUGAACUGGCUGAACCAGAGGUGGCCGCAGGGCCAGGGUGAGGAAACUGAGGUCCAGAAGUCACGAGUGCCAGGCCACAGCUAAGUCAAGACGCCUUGACCUGGAGGUAGGGUGGGCCUGGACCCUCUGGUGGACUGUCUCCAGCCAGCUUGGAGGACCCGCUCCAGGCCUCUACCUCUGCCCAGGCCAUCGAGGAGUGGCAGACCCGCAGCGAGGGUGCGGCCGGGCUCUGCAGCUGGGUCAGGCUGGCACUUCUUCAAGGCCUCUCCCAGCUUCCUGGCGCUUCCAGGGCUGACCGCCUCCCUCCUCCAGAGGAAGGCUGCCUCUUAUCUGGGCUUAUCUCCUGCCAAUUGAGUGUUUUCUUUCUUUGUUUUUGCUUCAGCCUCAGGCAAACACAUGGGAUGGGGUAGCUCAAUCCCUGGCUUCCAGAUUGGGGCCUUCCCCCAAUCUGGGGACCGUGCCUAGGCUUUCCUGCUUCUGCCUGCAGGCUUUUCUAGCCCCCAAUCUGCCCACCUUCAUGGGCAAAUGCCUCAGCAGCCAAGCCGUGUCUUCCAGACUCCAUUUAAAAAACACUACUUCUCAGUCUCCAGGGUCCUCAAAAACCAGGCUAAACACUAAACUGGGUAUCACAGUCAAGCCCCUUGAAAGCCUGGUCUCUGCUGCUCCCCCAUCUCCACCAAGUCCCAGCCCUAACUCACCUCCUCCCUGAAGUCUCCCCUUUCUCCAGUCUGGCUGGGAACCUCAGCCACCCCCACCCCGCCUCUCCUCUCCCUCCCCGCCUUCUUCCGGGCCCCUCUGCUAGAAGAACACUCAGCUGGCUCUAACCCCACUAAGAAAGGCUGGCCCUCCCCCUGCCAGAAAGCUCGGACAGCGGAGGCUGUGGCGCAAUUUGUGUCUGUAAACCCUGUACAACCAGCACAGGCUGCUGCUGGUCUAUAGGGGGCGCCAAUAAAUCUGGAACUGAGCUUCGAGCUCCGCUCCAGGUCCUGGUGA